AUGGAUCUCGAAGAAUUGGUGGAAUGCGCCAAUAUGCACUCAGAAAACCAGGGCGUAGCUACAUUGGCGAACGUGCGUAGCUACACGGUUGUCAGUCUCUCUUUCCAGAAUUUGAACAAAGUAGCUACGCAUGACUGUCUGCUCCACACUACAGUGCUCCACAUAAUGAUAUAACACCCCCUGAUUUUCGAAAAACUCAAAAAUGAGCUAUGAUAGGGAAAUGAUGUGUUUUGAAAAAAAGUUGCUUUUGAUGUAAGUUUAAAGAUAUGAACUGAAAAUUAGACUCGAUGAAGCUGAAAAUCUGAAAUUUGAUUUUUUCUGAAAAAUGGUAAAUUUUUUUCCACAUAAUGAUAUGACAUGGUGACGAAAAUCAACGAAAACGGUAAAAUGAGGGCCCAGAUGUGCUUAAUUAUUGAUUGGGGCAUCAUUUUGACCAAAUUCAUCAAGAAAAAAAAUAAUCCAUUGAGAAAUGGAGCUUAUCAAGUGAAUCUUGGUCCACUUUCAGACUUGCGUUAAUUAUGGCAACUCUGACGUAAGCUACGUUGUCGUAACAUGUGUUAUCUUCAAAAAUCUGACUUAAAACAAAUUGUCAGACGUUUUCGAUGAUGUUUCAGUCUGAAAACCCCGCAGGCCAAUCAAGAACCGUUAUUUCUUGGUCAGAUUUUCAGUGGAGUGUGCGGUUCGAACCAUGGAAGAAUGCUCAACCUUGUCGAUAAAUAACAUUUCUGACUUGGUUUUGACGGGAAAAUGGUUAAAAAACACGACGUAUCAAAAAUCUGUACUCGAAUUCAUCCAUGUUCUUCGAUUCGAAUCACAAACUCCACCGGAAUUGUGUGCUAAUGUGCGCUCACAUCAAGACUCCAUUGAUCAUACCGACCAAUAAUCUCUCAUCGACAUCUGGACCUUCAGACAGAGUUCAGCAAUGAAAAAAUUAUCGAACGUGACCGUCCGGAUGGCGAACGGGUGCAUUGGAACCCAUUUCAAAAUGAUAAGUUCCGUGUUUUGCGUCGUAACUUCAAAUGUGACGGAAUCGUGGUGUGAGCGCACAUUAGCACACAAUUCCGGUGGAGUUUGUGAUUCGAAUCGAAGAACAUGGAUGAAUUCGAGUACAGAUUUUUGAUACGUCGUGUUUUUUAACCAUUUUCCCGUCAAAACCAAGUCAGAAAUGUUAUUUAUCGACAAGGUUGAGCAUUCUUCCAUGGUUCGAACCGCACACUCCACUGAAAAUCUGACCAAGAAAUAACGGUUCUUGAUUGGCCUGCGGGGUUUUCAGACUGAAACAUCAUCGAAAACGUCUGACAAUUUGUUUUAAGUCAGAUUUUUGAAGAUAACACAUGUUACGACAACGUAGCUUACGUCAGAGUUGCCAUAAUUAACGCAAGUCUGAAAGUGGACCAAGAUUCACUUGAUAAGCUCCAUUUCUCAAUGGAUUAUUUUUUUUCUUGAUGAAUUUGGUCAAAAUGAUGCCCCAAUCAAUAAUUAAGCACAUCUGGGCCCUCAUUUUACCGUUUUCGUUGAUUUUCGUCACCAUGUCAUAUCAUUAUGUGGAAAAAAAAUUUACCAUUUUUCAGAAAAAAUCAAAUUUCAGAUUUUCAGCUUCAUCGAGUCUAAUUUUCAGUUCAUAUCUUUAAACUUACAUCUAAAAGCAACUUUUUUUCAAAACACAUCAUUUCCCUAUCAUAGCUCAUUUUUGAGUUUUUCGAAAAUCAGGGGGGUGUCAUAUCAUUAUGUGGAGCACUGUAUUUCCAUUUUUGUGUACUAUGUGGAACUUCAGAAAUCCAACUCUGUAGUUACAUAGAACGGUGUAGCUACACAAAAAAUUUGACUUUUUUCGAAAUUUUCGUAACUACAUUGUUGAUUUUCUGGAGUUCCGCAUAGUUCACAAACGUGGAAAUAGUGUGGGGCAGACAGUCUCGUAGCUACAAAAGUCUAUUCACGUAGCUACAUCGUUGUCAGGCUCUCUUUCCAGAAUUCGAACAAUGUAGCUACGCCCUGGUUUGCUGAGCAAGGAAUUCCUUGUAAGUCUAUCUUAGAAAUGUUGUGAAUUCGAUAAUUUCGAUAAUCUUACAGGUUUCCCAUCGCUUGCUUGGACAAAUGAGUGAAAUCGAAGAUGCGCCGAGUUUGAGCAAGGUAAAUGUUUAUAAUUUUUAUCGAAAAUAAAUCAUAUUGAUGAUAAAAAUCUUUAUGCCCUUUUGUGAAUUAGACAAAAAGUUGUCAUCUAAAGAUAUCAAAUUCUUACAUUAGUAACUUUUCGGUUGAAAUCGUAGUUGAGUUUGGUGAAAAAUUGGCCAAGCUUCUUCCACCUGCGUUCCUGGCUUCUAUAAAGUCACCGGGAUCUCAGACAGUUUCAGGAUUUCAUUAAAAUUCCACUCCAGGUCCCAUUAUUACUUAUAAGUUCCCGAGUCGUCUACAGGUCUCACUCCUGAAAAAUGCCCAAGUCUCUAAGUCCUUUAUUACUACUAGCAGUCUUCCGAGUCACCAGGACUAUUACCAGACUUCUAAAAAUUUCAUAGUACACUCAGAAUUGUUUCUAAACAUCUAAAAAACUGCAUAAAUCUUUUUCUAGGCUAUGCAUUCAUUAAAGUUUUCUUUCAGAGUCAAAUUCGCCUGGGAUCACACAUGUCAACGAAAAUCAAAAAAAUUCAAAGGCCCAACCAUCAACGAUCGCCUGGAUUUUAA